GCGGCAAGGGCCUCCGGGCGGGCGAGCAGGCGGGCUGAGCGCGGCCUGCUCCGCACGGGUGUCCCGGAGCCUGGGCCUCGGUGAGCCCGGCCCCUCGCAGCGGUCACGGCCACCCCCGUAGGGCUGCAGUCUGGCCCGUGGCCCACAGCUUUUCUCCCCAAGGAACCUCGUGUGGGUAAAUACCCAGCUCCCCGGCUCCAGGGGCUGCGCGUAGAGUCUGGCUUCAGCGUUUGUGUCGCAGUGCUCUAGCCUAGUAGCCCCUCUGAGGUGGCCUGGGGGUGGGGGUGAAGGGUGCAGGUUCGGGCAGUGCUACAGUUUUGCUCUAAGCCUGUCUCCUCUCCCCUGAAGCCCAAGGGAGCUCUCCAGACGAUGCAAGGAACGUGACCGGGCCCUUGAGCCUGUUUUCGCUGGCGGAGGUGCAGAGCCGGCACCUCUGCCCUGGUGGGGUGGAAGUGUUGGUGGAACUUCCUCCAACGCUGGGCCCGGCAGAGGGUUCGCAGAUUCCGACUGGUGACUAGACGGGGACACGCCGGAGCCUGAGCUGCUGAGCAUGGGAACCUGCCCAAGACGAUGUCAGAAGCCCUGGCCGUGAGGGAGCUCGCAGCCCCCGCAUUUGCUGGGGGUGCGGAACCCCGAAUCCGGGGCCUGUUGGGAAGCCUGGAAGGGCGGGGCCUGCGGAGCUGCCGCCCCCAGGAGGGGCGUGGCCAGCAGGCGGCCCCUCCCCGUGGGGAGAUGCAAGCGGCCCCCGCAGCGCAGGUGGGCCGCGCGGCGGGCGGAGACCCCGGCCUGAGCUCGGACCUCCUCCUCCUGGAGAGCGAGCUGGCCGAAGGCGAGGCCCGGCGCCAGGCCUGUGGCCGAAGCUUCCCGUUUAGUCCGGAGUCCGGCUGGGACCAGCACGGGCGGGCUGCGGGAGGGGAAGGGCUGCCCGCGUGCAGCGGGUGCGGGCAGGACUUGCUUCUCCACCCGGAACAGAGGCCCCAGGCCGGGGAGAGGCCGCUCAAGUGCGCUCAGUGUGGGAAGGCCUUCUGUCACAGCUCCGACCUGGCUCGGCACCAGCGUGUUCACACCCGGGAGAGGCCUUUCGAGUGCAAGGAGUGUGGGAAAGGCUUCAGCCAGAGCUCCCUGCUCAUUCGCCAUCAGCGGAUUCACACGGGAGAGAGGCCCUACGAGUGUAACGAGUGCGGCAAGUCCUUCAUCCGGAGCUCCAGCCUCAUCCGGCAUUACCAGAUCCACACCGAGGUGCGGCAGUACGAGUGCAGCGAGUGUGGGAAGGCCUUCCGCCACCGCUCGGACCUCAUCGAGCACCAGAGGAUCCACACUGGGGAGAGGCCCUUCGAGUGCAAUGAGUGUGGCAAGGCCUUCAUCCGGAGCUCAAAGCUUAUUCAGCACCAGCGGAUCCACACUGGAGAGAGGCCUUACGUGUGCAACGAGUGUGGGAAGCGGUUCAGCCAGACAUCCAACUUCACUCAGCAUCAGAGAAUUCACACUGGAGAGAAGCUCUAUGAGUGUAACGAGUGUGGGAAAGCCUUCUUUCUGAGUUCCUACCUUAUCCGACACCAGAAAAUCCACACUGGAGAGAGGGUCUACGAGUGUAAGGAGUGUGGGAAGGCUUUUCUCCAGAAAGCCCACCUCACCGAGCACCAGAAGAUCCACACUGGGGACAGGCCCUUUGAAUGCAAGGACUGUGGGAAAGCUUUCAUUCAGAGCUCCAAGCUCCUCCUGCAUCAGAUCAUUCACACUGGAGAAAAGCCCUAUGUGUGUAGUUACUGUGGGAAGGGCUUUAUUCAGAGGUCAAACUUCCUCCAACACCAGAAAAUUCAUACUGAAGAGAAACUCUAUGAAUGCGGUCACUAUGGGAAAGAGUUCAGCUCCACUCCGAGCUUUCAAAGUCUUCAGGAUGACCCCCCGGAGGGACUUCCCUUGAAUAAGACCCCCGUGCCUUUGGGCGAGACGCAUGUGGGUCAGGGGGAAGGCGCAGACUCCUAAGAGAGUCCUCAUUCUUGCAGCUCUGCAUGUGGCUGAAUGUCCCCGAAUCAAGGACGGGGCUGCCUUUGGAGCGGGCUGUCCCCUGCCCCUUUGGUACAGUGCUGGACUGCACCUCUGCCCUGAGGGGAGCCGGUGAUUGGGCAGCUGACUCGGAGCUGGAGGGAUUGGGGGGGGAGCUAGGCCCAAGAGGGGUGUCUUCCAGCGACUGCGCCGUUGCAAUUCACCUGAGUUCAGCUCUUUUAAAGCAGAGCCAUGUAUCUACUCAUUCCUUUGCAAGAGUAUUUCGUAGCAAAUUUUGAUCUCUCUUAAAGGCAAGUUGGAGAAAGAUACUUUCUUAUCUAAAACUGCGAAUGGGCUCCCUGUCGUCCUUAGGAUAAACUCCAGGCUCCUCUUGCUGCCCUCCUUUGGCCUUCCCCUUCUCCCGCCAAUGAACUCCUGGCCACGUGGUUGGCACGGCGGCAGCCCUGACUGCGGGGUGGCCCCCCUUCUCCCAGAUGCUCCUGCCUCCUGGCCUGGGGCGUGUUUGAACGCGCCGCUUCCCUCACCUGGUGGGCUCCUCGUCACCAGUCAGGACCUGCGCCAGGUGUGGUGUCGUGUUGGGCCCAGCCAGCCACCCCUCGGCUUCCGUUGUUCAGUGGUCAUGCACCUCUGUGGCUGCACGCACGUUGACGUGGCAAAAUUGUGUUUUAUACACUAUCUCUUUCAUCCUUACACUGUUAAUUCCUUGAGGACAAUGAGCAUAUCUCAUUGGUUUGCGUGUCCACUGCGGUGUCUGGGGCAAGGCAGUAAAAACCACACCCCGAAUCUGUGUCCUUG